CCUCUUUGGUUGAACAUGACUACAAGACAUUCUCGCCCUCCUAAGCGGGUUGCUAUUGUGGGCGGUGGAAUUUCCGGUAUUGCCUGUCUCUGGGGUUUGCGGGACUCCGACUACGAAGUGCACUUAUAUGAAGCCGAUGGCCGACUUGGCGGACAUGCAAAUUCCGUCCCGUUUCGCGGGAACGGCACCGUGAGAGACGUUGACACAGGUUUUGUAAUUCUGAAUGAGGAAAGCUACCCCCACUUCAGCGCCUUUAUCAAAGCCCACGGUGUUGAGACAAUUGCUACCGACAUGUCCUUCAGUGUCUCGGAUAGCGAUGGUUUCAGGCAGUGGGGAAGUGCAUCUUUCUGGAGCUUCGUGGGGUGUUUUUCAAAUCUGUUCAGACCAUGGUUCUGGAGGCUGGUAUUUGACAUUGUGCGGUUUAAUUAUUUCGCAACAGAUAUUCUUCACGAAAAGCCGGAGCGCGGCAAAUCGGAUGAACUUGAGUCUAUCGGAGAAUAUCUGACUCGACAGCAAUACUCCCCGCAGUUCAAGCGAUAUUAUCUUAUCCCCAUGGUGGCAGCUCCAUGGUGCCUUGAUCCUGAGGAGGCUGCACGUACAUUCCCGGCGGAGACGCUGAUCCGGUUCAUGUCAAAGCAUCACCUGCUGGACACUCUUACCCAUAAGCUGCAGUGGCGCAGCUUCAGUAAUGGGUCGAAAACAUACAUAGAUGCAUUUGUGAGAGGACUGCCAAAAGAACAUCAUCUGCAUCUCGGGAUAGCAGUACAACGUAUAACAAGAAAUCCAGAUUCUUGUGUGUCCAUAAUCACAGGCACCGGAGUUGUAGAGAGUUUCGAUCAUGUUGUACUGGCUGUGCAUGCUAAAAUUGCGCUGCAAAUGCUCGGCGAUGAGGUUAGCGCUGAGGAAGAUGAUGUCUUAGGAGCAUUUGAGACUAGCAGGACAGUUUGUGUACUUCAUUCGGACGAAACAGUUCUCCCCAAGCGACCGUCGGCUCGUGUGUCCUGGAACUGUAUCCUCCGAAGCCCCCGUUCUUGCAGGGAUGAUUUUCACUCGGUCACUCGGCCACCAAGGAUGACAAGCGAUGGGGGUGGGUUUUCUGUAACGUACGACAUGAACAGACUGCAGGCGAUUCCUAGUCCUGGAGAAGAGGGGAGCCCAGGCCGAGUGCUGGUGACUAUGAACCCAAUGACCGCCCCCUGUCAAGCUCGCAGCUGGCACCUGUAUCAUCAUCCCAAAAUUACCUCAAAGAGUGUUCAGGCUCUCAAGCGCCUUCAUUUGUUGAAGUCCGGCGGCAAUGUCAGUUUUGCUGGGGCGUGGAUGGGGUAUGGGUUUCACGAGGAUGGCUUUGUCGCUGGCUUGCAGGUGGCGAAGGAGAUAAUUGGAGGAGAUCUACGACGACUAGCAGAACCCCAGGCAUAUUCCAGAAUGGCCUCAAUCGAUGAUCAAAAGAAGCUUGUCAAACGUAUCUGCCAGAAAUACCAAAAUUCACCAUGGCUGCCCCUCUCGCAGCUCCAGAAAGCUACUUCGCUCGAUACCCCAGCACGUGGAGGAAUCUGGAUCUCAAGAACUACCUUUUCAGCACCUUUUAACCCGGCAAUCAGAAACGUCCUGUUCUCAGUUAUCCACCGUUUAAAGAAAGAGUACCACCACAUCUCGCCGGAAGAAGAAACUCCAAUCGCCGACGUGGGCGUUGAAUUCAUCGGCCCUCGCUCUCAAGUCCCAGAUGAUGCCCCUGAGCCGGAUAUUCCAGAGGAAGACAAGCUUCGUGCCCUGCUGCAGGAAUGCGAUAACAGACUGACCAUCCUCUAUGCUCAUGGUGGCGGUCUUUAUUUCAGUGGCCCAGCACAGUAUCGUGCUUCCUCCGUUCGCCUGGCAAGGUUAACCGGUGCGCGUGUCGCCUCCAUUAAAUACCGUCUUGCGCCAUCCCAUACCUUCCCCGCUCCGAUCCUCGACAUUCUCAUCGCAUAUGCAAGUCUACUGUACCCUCCACCCGGGGCUCCUUACCCAGCCAUCCCCGCGAACCAGAUCGUGCUGGCUGGAAAUAGUGCCGGGGCGAAUUUAGCCCUGGGACUCAUGAAAUUCCUCCUCGAAAUGCAGAAACUUCCUCCCUUGGACGCAACGUUCGAUUUCCAUGGACAGUCUGUGACGCUACCUCUCCCUGCCGGCCUUGCGAUCGUAAGCGGUUGGUGUGAUCAGUGUGAUUCACUUCCCUCCUGGCACUGUAAAGGCGAGACCGACAUCCUGAACGUGCUUCAGCCCGCAUGUAUGCCCGGCCACCCCACCGAUAGCAUUUGGCCUGCGAGUCCGCCGCGCGAAGCCCCCUAUUGCGUCGCUGCUUUGCUCGACCAUGAACUUGUCAGUCCCGCAGCCGUGGAAGAUUGGACGGGCGCACCGCCGAUGUGGUUCGCGUGUGGCUGUGAGGAGCGCGGAGUGGAUGGGAACCGGGUGGUGGCAAGUCGGGCAGCGAAGUCUGGUGUCUCAGUGGUCUGGAAUGAGUAUGAGGGGAUGCCGCAUGAGUUUCCGAUCUUCCUUGGUGCCUUGCCGCAAACCAAGCAUCUUCUUCAGCUCUGGGCUGCAGCCUGUCAGUCCUUUUCAAGGGGCAAAGUUGGGGCGGCAGCGCCGAAGCCGGUAGCUGUGAGGUGGUUAAUGCCAGAUUGUAAACGGGUAGAGUUGGGUAAUCCAGUCGAUAUUGCUCCGUUGCCGUUUGCGGAGGUGAAAAAGAAGAUGAAGGCGUAUAAUGCUACGCGACCCGUUUGGACUGGGAGAUUACAUGAACAUAAAUUGUGA